AUGAAGUUCGCUUUUGUAUCCACCAUCGCCCUCUUUGGCACAACCAUUGCUGCUCCUGCCUCCCCCAGAGCGGCAACAGCCAGCCAUUUGAAAUCCGAACGCCAGGUGACCACCCAGGCCGUCGAUCCAUGCAUUGCUCUGUGCCUCAUUGACCCCGUGGGCUGUGUGUUCAGUGGGGAGUGCGAAGAUCUCAACAUCGACCCCAACUCCUCCGUCGUGACCACAUCCGUGGGGGGUGUCAACAUCAAGCGCCAGGAGCAGGACGACGACUGUGAAUUAACCGACUUUUUGUGUCUUUUGUUGGGAAAAAAGGCUAGAAGGUCAGCCCCGGUCCGACGCCAGGUUGAGUGUAAUGCCAUCGAGGACACAAUCCUGCGCGGUGCCUGUAUCGCUUCACUGACCUUGGUGGAGGCUUGA